AUGGUUAAAAAGAAGAUCGAUAACCGUAUACGUGUAAUGAUAGAAAAUGGAGUUAAACUCGGACACCGCACCAUGAUUUUACUAGUUGGUGAUAAAAGUAGAGAUCAAGUGCCAAUUUUAUAUGAUAUGUUAGUGAAGUCAACAGUAAAAGCGAGGCCUACAGUAUUAUGGUGUUACAAAAAUAAGGAUGAAGCUAUCAGCAAUCAUGGAAGAAAAAGAGCAAAAAAGAUAGCAGCAGGAAAACUGGAAGUAUCAGAGGAAUCACUUUUUGAUGCAUUCAGAGUAGCGACAACUAUUCAUGGUAGGUACUACUCGGAGAGCCAUGCUAUGCUUGGUCAGACCUAUGGUGUCUGUGUAUUACAGGACUUUGAAGCUCUAACACCAAACUUAAUGGCCCGUACCAUAGAAACAGUAGAAGGAGGUGGUUUAAUUAUAUUUUUAUUAAAAUCCAUGAGCUCCUUGAGGCAACUACAUUCUAUAACUAUGGAUGUUCAUUCAAGAUUUAAAACAGACGCCCAUGACACAGUAGUAAACAGGUUUAACGAGAGGUUCCUUUUGUCUCUAGCAGAUAAUCCUAGAUGUCUAGUUUUAGAUGAUGCACUUAAUGUACUUCCAAUAUCUUCAAAGACAGCUCAAGUGGAUCCAGUAGAUGCUGUACCAGAGCGAAUAAAUCCAAAGCUGACGGAAUUAAUACAGUCAUUAUCAGACAGUCCACCAGCAGGACCACUUGUGGCUCUGUGUCGGACGCACGAGCAAGCCACAGCUUUGAUUGCUCUGAUAGACACUUUAGCUGAUAAACAAUCCAGGCCACCACACUGUUUAACAGCCAGUAGAGGUCGGGGUAAAUCCGCUUGCCUUGGCCUGGCCGUAGCAGCUGCAGUAGCCCUUGGCUACGUCAACAUCUACGUUACAUCUCCUCACCCUGAGAAUUUGAUCACAUUAUUUGAGUUUGUCCUAAAAGGUCUCGACGCUUGUUUGUACCAGGAGCACAUAGAUUACAAUAUAGUACGAUCCACCAACCCAGAUUUUAAGAAGGCGAUAGUAAGAGUCAAUGUUGCCAGAAACUCAAGACAAACUAUACAGUACAUAACCCCAGACGAUCAUUCCCUGCUAUCUGCUGCUGAUUUGGUACUCGUGGAUGAGGCUGCUGCAAUACCUUUGGAACACGUAGCCGCAGCAGCUACCAAAGCACCUCUUGCGCUGCUCUCCUCAACAGUUUCUGGGUAUGAGGGAACAGGACGGGCUCUAUCGUUGAAACUCUUCGCACAAUUACAGAGUGAACACAAUGCACCACCUCCUAUUAAACUUGAAGAACCGAUAAGAUAUCGCGCUGGUGACGCAGUGGAGAGGUGGCUCAAUUCUCUGCUUUGUCUGGAAGCACCAGCUCCCACCCCAGGCGCGGGAGCUCCGCCCCCGGCAGCCUGUGAACUGUUGAGGGUCAACAGGGACGCGUUAUUCUGCUAUCACAAAGCCGCUGAGGCGUUCCUUCAUCGUCUUGUAGCUAUUUAUGUGUCCAGCCAUUAUAAGAACAGCCCUAACGACCUGCAACUACUAGCCGAUGCGCCCGCGCAUUGUUUGUUCGUGCUUCUGGCGCCGACGCCGCCCCGUGCCACAACUAUGCCGGAGGUUUUAUGCGUAAUACAGAUGUGUCUUGAGGGCAACUUAUCUGACAAAUCUGUAAAAGACAACCUCGGCCGGGGUCGAAAAGCCGCCGGAGACCUCAUCCCAUGGAAUAUCUGCGAACAAUUCGGUGAUAAGGACUUUCCGAAACUCUCUGGAGCAAGAAUAGUUCGCAUCGCUACGCAUCCGUCGUAUCAACGGAUGGGCUAUGGAAAGCGUGCAUUGCAACAGUUAGCCACAUAUUACUCCGGUGAUAUUCCAUGCCUGGAUGAAGUAGCCAGUGAUGAUGAUGAGGACCAGAAGAAUGGCCAUACAGACUCAUUACAAACAGAGAAUAUUGUACCAAGGGCGAAACCACCCACGUUAUUGCGACGUUUGACGGAAGUGAAAGCUGAACAUUUAGAUUAUUUAGGAACUAGCUUCGGUCUGACGGAAAACCUACUCAAGUUUUGGAAAUCACAGAAAUAUGUGCCAGUGUAUUUAAGCCAGAAAUCGAACGAGCUAACAGGCGAACACUCGUGUAUAAUGCUUCGUUCAAUGGCCGAUAGUUCUUGGCUGGCUGCCUACAGUGCUGAUUUUCGCAAGAGGUUUUCCCGGCUCUUAGGCAGAUCUUUCCGGAAAUUGCCUUCAUCACUAGCACUUUCCACUCUGUUAAACGACAGUGUUAAAGUCGAAAAGCCACUUCUAACCAAGCAGUUGAUAGAACAAUAUCUGUCGGGCCAUGACUUGUCCCGAAUAGAGUCGUAUUGCAGACAACAAUCUGACUACAGGCUUAUAACGGAUCUUAUCGCCCCGUUAGCUUCUAUAAUAUUCCAUACGAAGGUCUCGCUUAAACUGGAUGCUAUACAGCAGGUACUUUUCAUUGCAAUGGGCUUCCAAAUGAAAGACGUAGAUGAUAUAGCGAAUGAAUUGGGUUUACCUGGAUCGCAAAUUUUGGCAAAGUUCUUUGAAGCGUGUAAAAAGACAAAUGCCGCCCUCAAUGUUGUACUAGAGAACACUGUGGCCAGGGAGAUCGGUAUUGAUGAUAAAACCGCUGAUGUGAGCACGGAGGGACCGCUUAAACAGACUUUACAACAGGAAUUGUCCAAGGCUGCCAAGGAACUAGAACGAAAACAGCGCAAAGAAUUAUCCCGGUUGAUGGGCGAAGACCUGAGUCAGUACAGGAUUAAGGGUAGCGAUCUGGACUGGGGUCAAGCACUUACCUCCUCGUCAGCGAAACAUUUGGUUUCCGUAAAAAGCGGGGAAAAGCGUCUUGGAGAUGACAGCAAGGAAAUCGAUGAUCUGAUCGAAUCACAAGGAAACAAGAAGAAGAAGAAAAAACACGUUAGAAGUAAAGAAUAA